GAACUUAUUAAAUAGAUAAGUUUAUGGGUACUUCGGUGGAGGAUUUUGAGCAGAUUGACAAAUCCUUCAAACCUCUCUAUCGGGAUGAGGGUAACAGGUCAAGAAUACGGACGAUCGAGGAACAUCUGGGCUUUUCAAUCACGCCGCCGAGCGGACUUCGGACGAAGGAGUUUUGUCUGAUAGGGGAGGGGAAUUUGAAGAAGAUCUGCAGGAAAGUGCCAAAGGAGAGAUACUUUGUCCUCUUCUCACACCAGCUCAUCUAUUGCAAUUUCCCACCUCAGGAUAGGAACAUGCGCAGACCGCUGCUGAAGACGAAAGUGAUGAACACGUGUGGUAUGGACGUGGAGGAGUGCUCCAACUUCCAAGUGGGAGACAUGAGCUACGAACACUGUCUCAAGAUCCAAACUGCAGAAAAGAGUUUCAUAGUGGUGAUGGAGAGUCCCGAUGAGCAGAUGGCUUGGCUGGACUACAUCCGCAGUGCCAUACAACACUCCAACAUGAACUAUAUGGUAAAACCGAAGAAGAUGACUUCGUCGGCUCCUGUGUGGACCCCUGAUCAAAACUGCUCCGUCUGUCCUGUGUGCAACAAGACCAAGUUCACAGCCAUCAACAGACGACAUCAUUGUCGAAAGUGUGGGACUCUGAUGUGUGGAGACUGUCAAAGAUAUCAGGAGGACAAAGCUAAGAAGAAGAAGGAAAAGGUGUGCUUCAUGUGCCUAGACAUUGCCAAAGGGAAAUCAUCUUUCCAAUCGCCUUCCCAAAUGGUGCCUUUACCCAAGACAGUAUCAGACGAAGAGAGAGCACAGUUAGCUGCACAACAGAAGGAUCCGCACUUAUAAGCACAGAAGCAGAUGGAUAUGAGAAAUGUGAUUCCGGCGUCAGCAGAAGUGGCCAUACAGUACGACACUGACUCAUCCUCUGAUGACGAUGACGACUAGGCUCACCGAUUCCAAUGCUCAAUCUAAACAUUCCUGUUACAUCAUCUAUCUGCUCUACUCUGGUCGCUAUUAGAGGCUGUUUUUAUGGCAUAAGAUCCAAAUGACAGAAACUAUUUUUUUUUCAGCUGAAAUUAUCUCGAAUUUGUGAAUAGUCGUAGGGCUUUGUAUAAGAUUGUUGAAAACUGAAUUUGGGUCGCUAAUUACAAAUUUCUGUCAUUUGGCGCUUCUGCUGCGAGAGAUUAUCUUUCUACUUGAAAGUUGUUGCAUUAACUUGUUUGUUAUAAUGCAGUUCGAUGCUACUUCACGAUAUCCCUCAAUCUCUGUUUUAAAAUGGAUGACGAAUAAUUGUUAAGUCACGAGUAAUUGCAAAAGAUAGAAGAAGACUGCUCGUAUCAGGGCGAUGCCCUGAAUGUUCCGACUGCCUUUUAAGGUCAAUGGAGCAGCAUACAUGAAAAAUUUAAAUGUAAUAAACUAAAAUUGAAACUUAAAAAAAGUUAGAUUUUUUUGUGAAAACAUCCCCCACACGCCAUAUUAAGUACAAAGUGAUAGUUUUUGCUCCUAUUAACAAAUCAAUUAUGGCAUAUAAGCUUCCUUGAACCAAUUUGGAACGAUUUAUAAGACGGAUUA